AGGAGGGGGGAGCCAGCAGGCCCCUGAGAGGGUGACAUCACUGCCUCAGCUCCCUUUAAACCCCUCACCCAGCCGGCAUCCCAGCCCCGUCUGCCUCAGCCCAGACAGGACGCUACUCUCCUUCCAGCCCACGGAGGACCAAGCCUUCUCUGCCUCAACAUGGCCAACAAGGGUCCAUCGUAUGGCAUGAGCCGUGAAGUGCAGUCCAGAAUUGAGAUGAAAUAUGACGAGGACCUGGAGAAGCGGCUGGUGGAGUGGAUUGUGAUGCAGUGCGGCCCCGAUGUGGGCCGCCCAGACCGUGGGCGCCUGGGCUUCCAGGUGUGGCUGAAGAAUGGCUUGAUUCUGUGCAAGUUGGUGAACAGCCUGUAUCCUGAGGGAGCCAAACCACUGAAGGUGCCUGAGAACCCACCCUCCAUGGUUUUCAAGCAGAUGGAGCAGGUGGCUCAGUUCCUGAAGGCAGCUGAGGAUUAUGGAGUCACCAAGACUGACAUGUUCCAGACUGUUGACCUCUAUGAAGGCAAAGAUAUGGCAGGAGUGCAGAAGACGCUAAUGGCUUUGGGGAGUUUGGCAGUGACCAAGAAUGACGGACACUACCGUGGAGAUCCCAGCUGGUUUAUGAAGAAAGCCCAGGAGCAUAAGAGGGAGUUCACAGAGAGUCAACUGCAGGAAGGGAAGCACGUCAUUGGCCUUCAAAUGGGCAGCAACAGAGGGGCCUCACAAGCUGGCAUGACAGGCUAUGGACGACCCCGGCAGAUCAUCAGUUAGAAGGGAAAGGCCAGCCCUGAGCUGCACUGCCCUGCUUAGCUUGCCUAACCCACACCUAUGUAGGUUCUUAGCCCUGACAGCCUUGAGGUGUCACUGGGCAAAGAUGACUGCACAUGGGCAGCACCCACCUAUCCGCAGCCUCAGCCCAGCUUUUUACCCCAGAGCCACCACUGCCCUGGCCUGUUCCCAGCUGCACCCCCACUUCCACUGUCUCUCCUAUUACAGAGUAAGCAGGGAUAAGUGGGCUAGGGUAGCCUGGGUGUAGGCCAGCCCACUGUCCUUGGUAGCAAAUGCCCUUUUAAGGAGACCCAGCCCAGCCUCUCCAUCUUUUCCUGGAAUAUUUUUUUGGGUUGAAAUUUGAAAAGGAAAAAUUAAAAAAAAAAAAAAAAAAAAA